UUGGCUGCGUCGCGCGCCGCCCGCGCUUCCCCUCACACUCUUCUCCUCGCUUGUGAGGAGGUCAGUCAGUCAGUCCUCAACGGGAGGGACCGUUGCUGCUGGCGGCAUGAAAGCCUCCUGGGCUCUCGAAAUGGCCUUGCUGGCGGCGCUCCUGGGCUGCCCGGCAACAACAGAUGGCACAAGACCUUCGAUCACUCCAGAAGAAUCCCCUUUAGUUGUCAAUAGUGGGCAAGAAUUAAGGCUGUUUUGUAGGGAUGAUAGCGCUGUGACCUGGCAUAUCCAGAAUGCAGACCCAUCCGCACUGCCCAAGCAUCUAAGAUCCCAGGAGCUUUACAUAAAUGCAGUUGGACCCAGAGACACAGGGACAUAUACGUGCAAGGACAAAGAGGGCUUGAAUGACUCCAUUUACGUCUUUGUUAAAGAUCCAAAGGUUCUGUUCUUUCACGAAUCUGUUGCGUAUGCAGUUGAAGACAGUGAUGCUCUUAUUCAAUGCCCAGUGACAGACCCAGAGAUUUCAAAUUUCACAUUGAAAAGAUGUAAAAAUGCCAAGUCUCUACCUGAGAAUAUUGUGUUAAAACCUGACCCUCAGAAAGGAAUUACCAUAAAAAAUGUACAAAGAUCAUUUUUGGGCUGUUACCAAUGUGUAGCACAACACAACGGAGUGGAAAAACAGUCAGAAGCCAUCAACCUUUUUGUGCGGCCAGUUCACAAAUCCCUUCCAGUCAUCACCUUAUCCAAAGCCGACCAACUUCUUAAAGAAGGUGAAGAAUUUGAAGUUAUGUGCACAAUCAGGGAUGUUGAUAGCACUCUGCGAGCUAAUUGGAUUGUUCAAACUAAUGUGAAUCUUACAAGCAAAAGCAAGAAUGUGGGUGAUUAUGGAUAUGAACAAAAAUUAACUCUGAGCAUCCGUUCAGUGGGAGUUAAUGAUUCUGGAGCAUUCACGUGCCAAGGAAGCAACCCUUUUGGAACAUCCAAUGUCACUAUAACCUUGACAGUACUAGGUAAAGGAUAUGUCAGUUUAUCAACUUCUACAGAUUCAACGGUACAUGUCAAUGAUGGAGAAAAUCUGGCUUUAAUAGUGACCUAUGAAGCAUAUCCCAAACCAGAAGAAGAAAUAUGGAUGUAUAUGAAUGAAACCUUGCAAAAUUCAUCUGAUCAUUACGUCAGAGUCACAAAUAUAGACCGAAACAGACACUCCAGUGAGCUUCACCUUACUCGACUGAAAGGAACAGAAGGAGGCAUUUACACAUUUUUUGUGUCCAAUUCAGAUGCUAACUCCUCUAUAGCGUUCAACGUCUAUGUCAACACCAAACCAGAGAUUGUCACUUCAGAAAGACUUAGCAACGGCAUGCUUCAUUGUGUGGCUUCAGGGUACCCUGCCCCUACAAUAAACUGGUACAUUUGCCCAGGAACUGAGCAGAGGUGUUCAGAUUCAUCAAAUAUUUCUCCAGUGGACGUGAAGACCAGCUAUAAUGAUUCACCCUUUCCUUCCUUUGGAAAGGUAGUCGUUGAAAGCACCAUUGAUGCCAGCAUGUUCAAGAACAACGGCACAAUCACAUGUGAGGCUUCCAACUCCAUUGACAGGCGCACAGCUUAUUUCAACUUUGCAGUCAAAGAACAAAUCAGCACUCAUACCCUUUUCACCCCUUUGCUAAUUGGCUUUGGAGUCGCAGCAGGUCUCAUGUGCAUCACAGUUAUAGUUCUUGUGUACAAAUAUCUUCAGAAACCCAAGUAUGAGAUUCAGUGGAAAGUGGUUGAUGAAAUAAAUGGAAACAACUAUGUUUACAUAGACCCAACACAGCUUCCAUAUGAUGACAAAUGGGAGUUUCCAAGAAACCGGCUAAUUUUUGGCAAGACUCUAGGAGCUGGAGCUUUUGGGAAAGUUGUUGAAGCAACUGCCUAUGGUCUGUUCAAACCUGAUGGAGGAUUGAGAGUAGCUGUAAAAAUGCUCAAGCCCAGUGCCCAUUUCACUGAAAAGGAAGCCUUGAUGUCAGAACUGAAAGUGUUGAGUUACCUUGGCAACCAUAUUAACAUUGUGAAUUUACUAGGAGCCUGCACAAUUGGAGGUCCUACCCUGGUCAUCACGGAAUAUUGCUGUUAUGGCGACCUUUUGAAUUUCCUGAGGAGAAAACGUGAUUCUUUUAUUUGCCCAAAGCAUGAAGAAACAGCUGUUUACAAGAACCUCCUCCAUCAAAAAGAACACAUGUAUGAUGCCACCAAUGAAUAUAUGGAUAUGAAACCUGGAGUUUCUAAGGUUGUCCAUGCCAAAACUGCUAAAAGAAGUCCAGGAAGGACAGGAUCGUUUGUUAAUCAGGAUGUCACCAUUGCCAUCUUAGAAGAUGAUGAACUGGCUCUGGAUAUUGAAGACCUAUUAAGUUUUUCUUACCAGGUGGCAAAGGGAAUGAGCUUUCUGUCCUCGAAAAAUUGCAUCCAUAGAGACUUGGCAGCACGCAACAUCCUGCUCACUCAUGGACGGAUCACAAAAAUCUGUGACUUUGGUCUUGCAAGAGACAUUAGGAAUGACUCAAACUAUGUUGUCAAAGGAAAUGCACGACUUCCUGUCAAGUGGAUGGCACCUGAAAGCAUUUUUGAGUGUGUAUACACAUUUGAGAGUGAUGUCUGGUCUUAUGGAAUUUUGCUUUGGGAACUCUUCUCUCUAGGAGGCAGCCCCUAUCCUGGAAUGCCUGUGGAUUCCAAGUUCUAUAAAAGGAUUAAGGAAGGAUACAGGAUGUUUAGCCCAGAAUUUGCACCUGCUGAAAUGUAUGAGAUAAUGAAGAGUUGUUGGGAUGUUGAUCCUGUAAAGAGACCAACCUUUAAGCAAGUUGUACAACUGAUUGAACAACAGAUUUCAGAUACUACAAACCAUAUUUACUCAAAUGUUACAAGCGGCAUUUGCAGUCAAGGAAAUGGUACAGAUCAUUCUGCAAGAAUCAACUCAGUGGGCAGCAGUGCUUCGUUUACUCAGCCUCUCCUCACACAUGAAGAUGUUUGAAAACAAAUUCAGCCAGCCAUGAUUGAGAUUCUGCAGUUUUUAAACCAAUGGCUAUGAGUUGUUCUCGUUUUAUUCACCGCUACACUGAGAGUAGUAGGGAUACUACAGUAAUUUUCUUUUUUAUUGCAGUAGAGUCUCACUUAUCCAACAUAAACGGGCUGGCAGAACAUUGGAUAAGCGAAAAUGUUGGAUAAUAAUGAGGGAUUAAGGAAAAGCGUAUUAAACAUCAAAUUAUGUUAUGAUUUUACAAAUUAAGCACCAAAACAUCAUGCUUUACAACAAAUGGAUAGAAAAAGCAGUUCAGUACAUGAUAACGUUAUGUAAUAAUUGCUGUAUUUAUGAAUUUAGCACCAAAAUUUUGCAAUUUAUUGAAAAAUUGACUACAGAAACAUUGACUAUUAAAAGGCAAACUGCAUUGGAUAAUACAGAACCUUGGAUAAGCGAGACUCUACUGUACAUGCUGUUAAAAACAAAGUAGAUUGCCCAUCACAUUUACAGCAUUGUUGCACUGUUUGCUAGAGGCUGUGUCUAGUCGCUGUGUUAUUUGCAUUUGUAGUGUAGAAGUGGAAAGUAAACAUUAAAAUUUGGGAGUGGGGAAGAAUGUCUAAAAAUGGGAUAUGAACUUCUUUGAAAGCAACAUGUUUAAAAUGGAGAUCUCAAGAGCUCUAACUCUAGAAAGUUGGUGGUCGUGUUUGAAAAUUUGGAAAGGAAAUUUCCAUUACUUCUAAAGCUUUGAAUCUUAGAAAUGUAAGCAAACUUUAACAUUCUGGGCCAAAUCCAAAUGUGAAGCUGGUGGUAGCAUUGAGAUUUUCAUUUUUUCCUCUUGUGACUAUGGAGUUGUCAAGAAAUCAGUUCCAAAAGGUUUUGCAGCCAUGUCAAACAGUUUCUUGCAGAUACUCCAAGGACUACAGUGAGGAAAAGCUUUUUGUAGUCCUCCUAGUUAUACUAUAUUCUGUUUCUGCAAGAGAAGAAAUCCAGGAUUGGAUUAACCUCCCCCCCCCCCCCAAUCCAAGACUCUACACACCUGAUUAGAAAGAAACAAAGGCAUUGAGCUAGCUUCAGAUGUUUUAUUUCAUCUCACAUAAGAUAUAGACAGCCUUACUGGUGUUCAGGAAUUAUGAGAAUUGUAGUCAGGACAACAUCCAGAAGGAUACAGGUUCCGCAGCUCUGUAACACAGUGGUUCUGAACUUGGGAUCCCCAGAUGUUUUUUACUUUCAGCUUCCAAAAAUCCUAACAGUUGGUAUACUGACUGGGAUUUCUUGGAGUUGUAGCCCAAAAACAUCUGGGGACACCAGGUUGAGAACCACUGCUAUAACAGGUAAUAACCAUCUUGUUUGCAUUUUCCAGUUGAGGCAGAAGAUAUAUAAGAAGGGAACAAGAUAAUUUCCAAGCUUUUGUUUUGUAUGCUUAUGUUCCCAUUUGUAUACACACACACUCCAAUAUUUUGUGAUGUUGCAGAAGGGCCCCAGUAUAUUUCUUUUAUCCCAAUUAUACACACUGGAAGGUCAAUCAGUGUACCUAUUUCUAACGACAUAUAUUGAGAAAUAAAGAUAAACUGUUGCAUGGCUAAUUUCAAGUGGACAAAUAUGUACCAUCAUAAACUGAUGGAGAACAUCCUAGUAGUUCCCAGGUCUGGUGAAGAUACGGCUGCUUGUAUCACAACAGGAACUAUGAUAUGUACCUUACGUAGCUCUAAUUGUCUGAUUAGGAGAGCUGUGAGCUAUGUAUUUCCAAAAAAGUCCAUAUUUUAUUAUUUUGUGUGUGUAUAUAUAUAUAAAUGUAGAACAGUCAAAUAAUUUUCUUACUGUACUCAAAGCAUAUCUUGGGUACAUGUAACUGUAAGCUUAAUAGAACAAAAUCUCACAUGGCCGCAUUUUGGGAAGGGCAUGUUUUCCUGUAGUACUGACUGCUGUAUGGAUAGAAACAUAGAUAAAGAAGUAAAUUUUGAAGUUACUGGAUUUUCAGGUUAGCACAAAAUGCAGGCUAAUGGCUUUAGGAGUUACGUGUCUAUAUUGCCAUAUUGUCUGAAUACUCUUUGGUUUUCUAUAAGGACCUAUCAAUCAAUAAACAAAAAUCUCACAGAUCAUCUUUUGAGUAAUAGACUUGCGCUAAAAUAUCUGUAUAUUUUCAGUGUAGCUUCCCUUUAGGACUCCUGUGAUUUACAUUUCAAAUGUAACAACUUCUCUUGUUGGCUUUACAUUGUUAGAUGUAACUGUGUCCAAAUACAACUUUAUUGAGCAACUGUAGACCCAAAUGAAAGUUCAUCUUAAACAUGCACUGCCAGAAGCUUCAAAUUAUGUCCAACAUCACCAACUUUUGCUGACCGAGAGUGAUGUAUUUUACCAGAUUAUUUGGGGUUAAGGUUCCAAAAAUAUGCCCCCCCCCCUUUCUUAAAUGUAGGCACUUACACUGGAUUCAUUUACACCAUUGCACUUUUCAAAAGUUCGCUGAAAUUUGUGGGGCAUUGCUUGACCCAAGCUCCAUGUAAGCAGGGGCUUUCCAUUCUCCCCCCUAUAAAAAGAAAUAUUCCCUUUGCCUGUCACGUUUCUCAUUGCACAUGCAGAUUCUCCUCCUUUUCUGACAAUGGGGAAGACUGUGUUUUCCAAGCUCCGUGUGUAUUAUCAGAACUGUGCACUGGAUUAGAGUCAUUCUGUACCUGUUUUCACUUGCAACCCAUUAGUGUAUGCAUGCAAGAAACACAGCAAGGAGGAGGGUUGUAACAGCUGACAGUGCCCUGACUAUUAUCUGAAUCAACUCUAUAGGGUUCUUCAUAUCUAUGCUUCACAUGUGCGGGUAGGAGCAUUACACAGUUAAAGUUCACAGUUGUGUAGAAGAGAUUUUGUGUGACUAACUGUACACCUCCUGGGCCACUUUACACCUUCUGGAUAGGUAUAGGUGACAGGACCCAAAGGUAUGCAUCAGUCCGUCUUCCAUCCACAUAUUCAGUAUAUGUAUAUAUUAAAGGUGAAAAUAUGACUAGUAUGCUUUCUUCCCCCAACCCUCCUUGAAGGUUAUGAUAACCACCAUCUUAAAUAAAUGCAAAACCUUUUGGCCUUUGCGGCUAUAAGAGAAAAACUUGUAAUAAUUGUUGACAUCAUGGUACUUCUUUGGCACUUGAGUAGACAAUGUUUUUCCUAUAAUCUGAAAAGUUAUAUUUUUAUAAUUCUGUUUUUGUUGACUACUUGGUUACAGAGCGGCUUAAUAGUUUCAGAUUUGUUUUAUUGCUCCGAUUGUUUUAUGUAAAUGCUGAAAUGUAGCAAUAAUGUUUUCUCAGCUCCUUUAGGCUUUUGAGUCUUAAAAAAUAUUUUUCUAUAAAUAUAUAAAUAAACAUAUAUAUAUAUAUGCACAAUGAAAGUAUGUAUAAAUAUGUGGAAGUCUGAAAGAUGUAUUGUUGAAGAGUUUAAAUAAAAGUGUAAAUAGUAUACAUGAA